AUGUUCGAGAUUCUUCUGGAGGUUGCGUUUAGUAUCCUUAUUUGUGCCAUCUUGGGCUACCACGUCUUCCUCAGCGUCUCCGUGGAGCGCACCGUGGGUGAGGAGGGUGAUGCCGCUGCAGGAGGCCGUCACGGGGGCGGCGCGGGCGGUUACAACUCGCGGAGUCCGUCACCGCUUGGGCAAAGCCGCAAGUGCGAGGGGGCGAUGUGGUGCAACGUGCUUGGACGAUGGGUGGCCCUGCUCGUGCUGGGCGGCGGCUCGAUUGACAAGGAUGUCUGGACCGACCGCAUUGCCUACUUCAUUGAGAAGGGUGCAAAGCGGAUUGACGGAGCAAUAAAGCAAAGAGAAACGCGAGGGAGAGGAACCGCAGGCGGGGAAACGGGAGGGCGAACGUUGCGCUUGAGUACCGACUGUGUCCGAUUGCUGCGCCUUGAGCUUGGGGGCGGUAGGCCUUUGAGCGGUGCGUUAAGCCCGCAGCAGCAACCACCGUACGGCGCGACGCAGCAGGUCUCUGGGUUAAAUCACGCGCGGACAAACAGCGACGGCGUCCGUGCAGGUUGUAUCCACUCGGAGUCGUCCGACGGCGCUGGUGCGGCAGCACCACUAAUCGGUGUUGUCUUGCCACGCAUAGCGCCUGCUGGAAUUGUCUCGCUGGAGGCUCCAUACACCGCAGUGACGUCUGAAGCGGCAGCAGAGGGUAGCGCAGCAGCGGCCGCAGCUACAAUCCCAAUGGGAAUGCGGCAGUCGCUGCGGUGUUUUUCGGUGCCCCUCAUAUACGAGGACCACCACUUUGCGUUGCUACUGUUGUGUAAUAUUCCAUUGUUUUUGGCGCUGCCUGCGGAGCUGAAAAUUCCGGCGGAUGUCUUGACGCUACGGUGUACCUUGUCCGUCCGUCGGGUUAUCUUUAACGGCGUGCUGUACGCUGCCUUUUACGGUAACCUGGUGGAGCUUAGCUUUGCGCGCGAGCCGCAAUUCACCGCCUCAUUCGACGUUUCCUCUUCGAGGGGCCUUCCCCGACAUCAGCCGAGGCCUCACCACGCGUACUUUUCUCAGGCCUCCCCCAGCAGCAGUGUUCGCGGUGUUGCUGGGGGAGAGGAGGUUGCCUCCCUCCCACCGCUGCCUCCAUCCACAGCUUGUAACCCGUUGUCUGUGGGACACCGUUUCAAGGAUAAGCUUCAGGAAAUCGUCGACCUGGCGGUGAAGCGCUCCGUGCAGUCCAUCACGUAUCCGUGCGUCCUGCAGGGCGUGGUGAGGUCGAGUCGAAUACUGACACCUAAUGGUGGGGAUGCCAGCGACGAUCUUUCAGCGACGCCUCACGGCGACGGGCUAGUGACGUGGUCCUUGGCGAAUGCAACUCUGCCGCUCUGCUGCUGA